GUUAGCCCAGGGCUUUAUGGGGAUAACUAUCCUAGGUUCUUCACUUAUUGGACUAGUGAUGCGUAUCAAGCGACGGGGUGCUAUAAUCUGCUGUGCUCAGGUUUUGUUCAGACCAACAAUAAAAUAGCAAUUGGGGCAGCAAUUUCACCAACUUCAUCAUAUAAUGGUGGUCAAUUUGACAUUAGCUUACUAAUAUGGAAGGAUCCCAAUCAUGGAAAUUGGUGGUUGGAAUUUGGUGAUGGGAAUUUAGUUGGGUAUUGGCCAUCUUUUUUAUUUACGCAUCUUAGAGAUCAUGCAAGUAUGGUCCACUUUGGGGGUGAAAUUGUUGACAGUCAAAGUACAACAACAGGUCAUCACACGACAACUCAAAUGGGGAGUGGACAUUUUGCAGAUGAAGGGUUCGGAAAAGCGUCUUAUUUCAGAAAUAUUCAAGUUGUUGAUUCGGAUAACAGUUUAGUCCCUGCCUCCAAUCUUCAGGUUUUGGCCGAUCAUCCAAAUUGUUAUAAUGUUACUUGUGGGAGUAAUAAUGCUUGGGGACAGUAUAUUUACUAUGGGGGACCUGGGAAAAAUUCCAACUGUCCCUAAAAUUAAAUACACAGCAUAUACCAUUUUUAUUUUUAUUUUUUUCAUUUUGAAACCCCCAUUUUCCAGGUGAUGAUAAUUAAGUAGCCAGGUAUUUUCCGUCAAGAUGUUUUAUUCAUCUUGAGUUAUUCUUUCUAUUUAUAUUUCUUUCUCAGAAAUUAUCAAAUUAUAAAUAUAAGUUAUGCCACUCUA